AUGGACGAAUUUCGCCCCAAAUCGUAUUCGGAGUUGGCAGCACCCUCUCAGAUUACAAUGAAACUUUCUGGGUAUGUACACCAAGACUAGAUAAGCCACUUUGCAUACUUAGUUUCUUCAAAAUUUAUCUGGACUGACUUUUGAAAAGGGCUAAACUUUUUUUUAUGGAUUUUUUAAAAAUGUUUUUAAUCAAAAAAUGACUACUCCUACAAAAAAGUGUUGUAUGGGUGAUUAUCACAAAAUAAGUCAAAUUUUAAGAAAAAAAUCCAAAAUGAGCCCUACACUGAAAAAAACAUUUCUAAAAAUUCAAAGUUGGUUUAAAAAAAAACACCAUUUUUGAUUUUGAUGAAAUUUUGUCUCAAGACAGGUAAUUAUGUUCCCUACCAACCGUCCAUACAUCACAAGAUGGGCACUUUUAAGGAAAAAAAGUUUUUCUAACAAAAACUUUUUCAUGUCCAAAUUAUUAUUUUUUCAGUGUCUUUUUUUAAAAACAAACUAAACCAGUGAAGGUUAUCUAGUAAUCUCAAAGUGCAAUGAAACUUAUUGUGUCAUAUGCGACAAUGCAAUGCACCCAUAUUCACGCAGCAGCACUCUAGAAGUACGAAACAAUAUCCAAUUAGAACACGCAUUUCAUACGUGCUGCUGUAAUUUCUACCCAAACGUUUCUACCCCAUGUUCUUACCUAAUAUUAGGUAAGGCUAUUUAUUAGAUUCGAACUACCUAAUCGAAAAAAAAACAAAUCAAGAGUUGUACCUAAAGCAAAUAUGAACAAAACAAGAAAAUGAAUCGGUAUCAUUCAACGUGUUACUUCUCUUUGGUUAUUAAAGGCAGUUCUGAAAAGUAAUGGAUCAAUCGUAUAAAUCAAAAUUCAACAAAUUCAAGUGCAGUGCAAAAAUAAACAAUCCAAAGUGCAACCGUCAUAAUCUACGGGGCAUGUCAUUAAGAUUGAUAGAUAAAAUUCAUUCCAUGGGAUAUACACAUGAAAUCGACGAAUCGAUGAGUAUUUGUGAGUCAUGUCGUGGAUUGAUAAGUCACAACAGAAGCCCGAAUACGAAAAAACGCCGAUCGGAUGGAAACGACGAAACUAUGCAACCAUCAUUUAGUGGGCAGCAACAUCAUGAUGUUCCAGAACCAGAACCGUCAACGAGUGGUCAACAAAUCGAACAUGAGCUGGAUAUGGUACCAUCUAUUCCAUCAUUGGAGUCAAUUCCGUCAACAGAUCAACUACAGGGUCCCCAUAAUAUUGAGAAGUUUAAUACCAUUGCUGAAACAUUGAGUUUAUCGCCAAUCUCAUCUAGAAACAUGAGAAGUAUGGAAUAUCGCAUAAACAAAUCAUUGCAGAUUACGAAAGCAGUUCGAAAAAAUAUCUUCGGAAUAGAUUCAACGGAUGUUGGCAAAGUGGAGGCGUAUGACGAGAUAAUUAUGCAGUUAAAGGAUAAGUUCAAUCACCCUACAACUGACAGAAGCGAACAGAUUAAAAUACUAUCUGUACUUCCUAAGUCUUGGUCGGUAAAUAAAAUCACAAGAGAGUUUAACGCACCAAUGUAUAUGGCGAGGCAGGUGAAGGAUCUUGUUUAUGAACAGGGUAUUCUUUGUACCACCGAAAAAAGAAGGGGGCAUGGUAUUGAUGACGAUACAAAAUAAAUAGUAAGAGAAUUUUUUGAUGAUAAUGAUAUCAGCAGGCCAAUGCCAGGAACAAAUGAUUUUGUUUCUGAGGUUCGAAAUGGAAAAAAACAACAAGUUCAAAAACGACUUUUGAUGAUGUCGCUCAAAGAGGCUUAUAUGAUUUUUGUAGAUAUGUACAAAACUGUGAAUAUUGGUUUUACAGUAUUUACACAGUUGCGACCAAAGCAUUGUAUUUUACUUGAUUCUACUGGUAUACAUAAUGUAUGCAUAUGUACUAUUCAUGAAAAUGUAAAUUUAAUGUUCAACAGUAUAAGAAUUGUGUCACAAGAUGAAAUAAUACAAAAAAUGCUUUGCGAUAUUUCCACCAGAACAGAUAAUUGCUUUUUCCGUGCUUGUGAGAAGUGUGCUUGUAAUGAACACAUUGAAGAGGAACUUACAUUGAUAUUAGAAUCAAAUGACAAAGAAGAGAUUAUAUUUCAGCAGUGGUUGAAUACUGAUCGCUGUAAUUUAGAAACGAUUAUUAAACCUGUUGAUGAAUUUGUUCCGUAUCUUGUUGAUAAAAUUGACAAACUUAUAACACACGACUUUAUUCAUAAACAACAAUCAUCAUUUCUCAGAAAUAAAAAAGAUACAUUAAAGGAUGAUGAAAUUCUUGCGAUUUGUGAUUUCUCUGAAAACUAUUCAUUCAUAAUUCAAAACGCUGCUCAAGGAUAUCAUUGGAACAACUCGCAAGCAACAAUACACCCAUUUGAAAUUUACUAUAUGAAAGAUAAUAAACUUGUAAAUGUUAGCUUCAUUAUCAUAUCGGAAGUAAUGGCUCACGAUACAGUUGCGGUCCAGUUGUUCAUCUCAAAAAUGAUAGAUUUUAUGAAACAAUUAACGAACUUUUCUAAAAUUUAUUUUAUGUCUGAUGGGGCAGCAUCACAAUACAAAAAUAAGAAGAACUUUGCUAGUCUAUGUAGAUUCCAGUCAAAGCAUGCAUUAAGAGCAGAAUGGCAUUUUUUUGCAACGUCCCACGGUAAAGGUCCAUGUGAUGCUAUUGGUGGCACUCUCAAGCGAAUGGCAAAGAGAGCAAGUCUUGCUCGAGAUUAUGGAAAUACCAUAACAACUCCACGAGAGUUAUAUAACUGGGCAGUUGUACAGACAGAUAAAAAUAUAACUAAAUUAAAUUUCUGUUACGUAUCCACUGAACAGUACAUUAAAAUGUCAGAAGAUCUCGAAGAAAUAUAUAAUAACGCCAAAACAAUACCAGGCACUCAGAAAUUCCAUAGUUUUUUGCCUAUUCCUGGCGACAAAGUAAAGGCAAACAGGUAUUCUAAUUCAGAAGAUGAACCAAAAAUAUUUAGUAUGAUCGGAAAAAAAUAGAAAAGAACAUGUUUGAAAUUGGCUCUAAGACACAUAUAUAUAUUUGAAAAAUUCAUAAUUAUAAAUAAUUGUAUAUUUAAAAGUGCACUUCAAUACAUAUUGCGAUCAAACAUUACAUUUCCUAAGAAAAUACAUUUGUAAUAUUUUGAAGUUUUUAAUGUAUAGGAAAACCCUUCCAAAUGAUUGAAUAAAUAACACAAAAUCUCCUAGAAAAUUGAGUUUCAUUGGAUUCUGGGAUUGUUAUGGCCUUCACUGGUUUUAUUGUUGAUAACAAAAUACACUGAAAAAAAAAUCAUUCGAACAAGAAAAAGUUUUUGUUAGAAAUACUUUUUUUCCUUAAAAGUGCCCAUCUUGUGAUGUAUGGACGGUUGGUAGGGAACAUAAUUACCUGUCUUGAGACAAAAUUUCAUCAAAAUCAAAAAUGGUGUUUUUUUUUUAAAUCAACUUUGAAUUUUUAGAAAUGAUUUUUUUCGGUGUAAGGCUCAUUUUGGAUUUUUUUCAGUAUUUUUUUUCUUAAAAUUUGACUUAUUUUGUGAUAAUCACCCAUACAACACUUUUUUGUAGGAGUAGUCAUUUUUUGAUUAAAAACAUUUUUAAAAAAUCCAUAAAAAAAGUUUAGCCCUUUUCAAAAGUCAGUCGAGAAAAAAAAUUAGAAAAAUGAGUAUGCAAAGUGGCUUAUCUGGGCAAGGUCUACACACCAAGAAAGUUUCGUUGUAAUCUGAGAGGGUGCUGCCAACAUUUGUUCGAGUUGGCGCGAAAUCCGUCAA